UCAGUGACCCCAUCAGUGUCGCCUAUAAGUGCCCAUCAGUGCUGCCUAUCUGUGCCACCUCUUCAGAGCCGCCUAUCAGUACUCAUCAGUGUUGCCUAUAAGUGCCCAUCAGUGCUGCCUAUCAUGUGGCCCCAGAAGUGCCACCUGUCAGUGCCCAUCAGUGCCACAUCAAUGCCACAUAUCAGUGCACGUCUGAGCUGCCUUUCAAUGUCACCAUCAGUGCCAGUCAGUGCCACCUAUCAAUGUCAAUCAGUGCCACCUAUCACUGCUGCCAAUCAGUGCCAC